UGAGUUAAGGCAUCGGCGCAGGUUGGACGUUCGUGCAAUAGACUUUUUGUUCUUUCAAUGUUUUGUUUGUGCGCUACUCUGUUAUUGUUCGUUGUGUCUGGUUGGAAUGUGAAUUAUUAACGGUUGUUCGACGAUAAAACAGUGUGAAUCAAAUUCGUAUAAGCGCGUUUUUGUUUGUUUAGUGAUCAUUGUUAGUAUCAAUAAUUUUAUCGUAGGCCGUAGAAAACAACGAAAUCAAUCUAUGCAAAACAAAGGAAAUCAUUGUGAACAUCGGUGAUUAUCAUUUUAUAUUGUCCCUCGCGCUCGAGUGACAAUCGAAGUCGGAGUCAAGUCGGAGCAUAACAACAACUACUAAAGUCAGCGAAGGUGUGGAGGAGAAGUGGACUUUUUUAAACAGUUUUUUUUAGGAAAUGUUUCGUGAAAGUUGGGAGCUUUCCUCUGCUUAAACUUUGUGCGACCGGUUUCGGAUACAGGGGCUUAUCUAAGGGAAUGCUCGAGUCCUCCCAUCAACCGGCGAAUGCGCACCAAUCGUGACUUGUUUACGGUCAAGAGCAGCUGAAGAAGCUAUUUCCGGUAUUUACGGAGAUCACUGUGAGAUCUGACAAGCUGACAGACGCCAGGCGAUACGUGUUUAUGUUGUGCAGGCGGUGCAUGAGUGUGAAGUACGUGUGAUUUAAUCCAUUGUGCCAACACCAUCGUGGGUAUACAGCAGUUUGUAAACAACCAAGUUUUCGACGGUAGUGAAAGUCACGUGUGAGUGAGGUGCCCGAUGUUCUAGGUUCGGAGCCAAUCAGCUAGAAGUUGUGUUUACACGUUCGAGAUUAUUUUUGUAACGCGUGGUCUGUGGCUGUAAUUUGAGUGAAGUGCAGUCGAUUGUGGAUUUGAGUUGGUUUGGGUUGCAGUGUAACGAAAUCCAGACAAAUACCAUUCCAUUAGUUUGUAUUCAUCGAUGAAUCAGCCGAAGAAAUUUAGUGCGACAAGGGGAAUUGAAACGUUUACGACAUAUGUACGCAUCAUCAUCCAUAUUUGUCGUAGACUCUUUACACUUUGGAUAGUUACACAGGAGAUUCGUUUCCAUAACGCGCCAUAACCAUCAAACGCAGCUAAACCGUAAAGUCACUACCAGAACAACUUCUCAAACGAAAACACAAUUCUACCUCAACACCUCCACCGUUCAGCGAACGGGACGAAGGAGUAAACCGCCUAGCGGCGAAAGUGAAUCAGCAGCUCGGAAGCAGAGUUACCGCACCUGAGAUAGUCGUUGGAUAACUAAUCUCGGAAAAGCACGCCAUUCCGAUGCGGUGGCAGUGAAAACGGAAACACCGCUGUGGUAAAAUUUAGUGAGUGAAAGUGUGCAGAAAAAAAAAGUUAGCAAAGAGGAAAAGGAAGUCAAGUGUUGAACCGAAGCGGCUGGCUUAGCAAUGCAGCGAAUCAGCAGUGAUUAACGCCAAAAAGUUCUCCCAACCCCAUUAGCAGCCCUGUGGUUUUCGGGUCCCCGCUUCUGGAAACACCUGUGCGUGUGUAGUGAGUGAGUGAGUUGGUUUCGGCAGACCUGAGCUCCAUCCGGUUGCCGUUUCGCGCACCGAACAGUCGUCAAUGUUGCACCACAAUAGACGCCACGGUCCGCCCUCGGCUGCUGAGUCACCAAUGAAUCAGAAGGAGCUGGAGGCUGAGCUGGACGAAUACCUUUCCGAGUACAAGUUGCAGGCGCCCAUCGAACCAAUUAGUCAUUAUGCAGACGGAGAACUUGAGGCAGAAUGGUUGAACGCCGCCGGAUUUCCUCAGCUGACCAGAGCAUUCGAAGAGGGUCGUGAACUUUCCACAACAGAGCUGGUGCCAGUCAUCGCAGGUCUCUCCACAGCACAUGCGGAAGCGGUCAAGUAUCGGGUGAAAGCGUUGAAUCGAACGGUCCGGGGGAGAACACGCAACCGGGGCAGCAAAAAACCAGACAUACGCGAUGUUUUCCGGGAUCUGGACUCAUCGAGUACCGGAACGCGCUCACGGAGUGCCACUCCAGAUUCGCUGGACUCGCUCCCGGGGGACGACAGUUGGAACAGUCCCAACGGUCCCAGCGCGAACCAACCCCACAUUCCCAGCUUUGUUUCCGUGUUUGACGGGAGCAGCGGAGCCAUUGUGCGACCGACACCUAUCCGAAGCAAACAGCAUCUGCGUCGCACACCCAGUGCGCCGUUGCGCGGCUCGGCGGAACUGUUUCGCGGGUCACAUGUACGGUGUGAUAUUCCCUUUCAUAAUGAGGGCAUAGAAUUACUAAACUUUCAGAGACUGGGAACUAUACACAUACCAAGGAUUCGUUCGGGUUCGGACCCUUCCUGUACGAUUGGAACCCAUGGUGGACAGCACAUCUCCGGCACGAGAAGCCACACCAAUUUAUACAACGACAACCAGAGCAACGAUGAUUCAGGCAACUCAUCAUCAGAACAGAGCCCCCCAAACUCUCCUCCACGGAGUAGUCUGCUCUGUUCAGUUGAGAACUCCCCACUGCGUUCGUCUUUCGAACCGGUCAGCUUCGAGGGCAUGAUCAAGCAAACUUCAUCGUCCCACGAGUCGUGCCACAAACUCUGGCAGUUGCAGGGCCUACGCGAAUCGUGCUGCGACAUCGAUCAGGUGUCCGAGGGGGACGUCAAACGGUUGCAGCCACUGUUGUGGCUGGAGCUGGCCUCUCUAUUCGACAAGAACCAUGUCGCGCUGGACAAACGGAAACCGUUCAAACGAAAACGAAAGGAGGAGGGCAAUGUCUUUGGAGUGUCACUGAACGCGCUGGUGAGACGAGAUCAACAGAUAACUGGUGAGGAUACUACCCUGGUGCCUCUAAUAUUGCAAGCGAUCUUAUCCGAGCUAAGGUUACGCGGUGCUAAAGAGGAAGGCAUUCUGCGAGUGCCCGGACAUAAGCAAAAGACCGAGACACUUUACAACGAGAUUGAGCACAAUUUCUACUACAAACCGGAGAAAGUAGAACCGCUGUUCAAGAAGGCGGGCGUUCAUGAUCUUAGCGCAUUGUUGAAACGUUGGCUACGAGAACUACCUCAACCACUUUUAGCAAAUGACCUUGUGCAUUUAUUCUAUCAAACCAACCUUCUACCUCCUCACGAUCAGUAUAAGGCACUGUCAGUGCUUUGUCAACUGUUACCACACGAGAACCGUAAUACGCUGCGGGAAUUGCUCCUUUUCUUCAGGCUAGUCGUGGAGCUACAGGAAUCCAACAAGAUGUCCCAACAGAACGUUGCCACCAUUAUUGCGCCGUCAUUAUUUCCUCCGAGGUUUAUCCAUCCACCGGACAAAAGUGACAUCGGGGCCCAAGUCCGAAUGGCAGCCCAAUGUUGUCAUCUGACCAACGUACUCAUCACGAUCGCUGACGAACUCUGGCUGGUACCCAACCGUUUGAUAGAGCAAAGCAAAAUGAUCAAUAAAAACGGCCAGCCCAAGCGGCAGCUAACACGCAAAACCAAAAACUUUCCUACCAGCAGCGGUGAUUUUGUCAUCGAUGCCAACCAUAUUCAUAGAUUAGUCAUCUAGGAUAGAGCGGAGACCAACCAAUACUUCUUAAGAGAGCAACAUUUUCCCAUAAGGCUUCUAAUCUAACGUUAGACUACUUUAUCUACCACCGCAACAGUUUCGUCUGCAUCGACGGAAGAAACGCUAGUUGCAACAACAACAACAAAAAGUGAACUCGCUAUUGUGGAAAACGUUAAACAUAGUCGUACUUAAGUGGGAAUGCGUGCGUGUUGUUAGAAGGCUACUUUUACUUCGACAGCCCAUUUCCUCCUACUCGCUAUUUCGCUAAUUAUUCCACGAUUGAAUAAUUUGUUUUAAUACGUAUGCGCGUGUGGUCCGUGUCAUUUCCCGUUUCAUGUUCCAAUGAAGGAUUUAUCUGUACACCAUAGCUCAACAUAUCUUCGAUGUGAGUGAGAAUAACUGAAAAGAAAGUAACCUACCGUUUAAAUCUAGCUUUGAAUGUUUGCGCGGAAAUAUUGGAGCCAUUUUAGCACCUCUCUAUUAUAUAGUCAGAACCGUGCGGAACGAACCAACAGGUAAUGUAUCCUUAUGAUAGAAAAUACCAGAGCAUACGUAAGUUACAUUUCCGAGCAGUAGCCAUCGUAACGUGUAUUCAAUAUGAUAUUAUAGUCAAUGAGUGUAUAUAACAUAACUAUAGUUGCGCUGUACAUAAAAGUGUUCCCGGAGAUACGAAUAAAUAUGAACAGAUUAAGA